AGGACGUCAAAGUGAGUGGCAGUAUGUACAUCUGUUCAAGCGUUAAGUUGUUGGACGGUCAUAUGGCAUCAGAUCCAGGCUCAGCUGAUAUGUGAGGGGGUUUGUGACGCGACAGAUGACAAAACAGAUCGAUACAGUCCAAUACGAUGCUUAGAAAACUUUCGAAGGGAUAUGACAUGGAAAUAAGGAGCCUAUUGUGUGCGUCAAGACGGAAAAUGAUUCAUUGUUUGCGUAGAGAACAAGGGCGGCGAGAAGUAAGGGAUCAACAACUACCAUUCCAUUUCACCAACAUUUCGUUUCACCAUGCAUCACUGUUUGCUUCCCUUUAUCUGCUCUGAAAACUCAGUGUACACCCAGCCGUCGCAGUUAUUCUACCAAACUACUUUUUCUUGCUCCGGUCACCAACUAGCCACCAGAAUUCCCCCCUACGUAUGCGGCAUCGAAAUCUCUGUAGAACUAUUCUCAGCUAAACACUUUCACGGAAACCACGGCCAACCCGUAGCAUUUCUUAGUGUCUAUCUCACCAUGAACAGCGAAGUCAGUACCGAUUACCUUCGCCCUGGCAUGAGCGAAAGCGGGAUACAAGAGACGAACAACAGGCCCUCGCUCCCAGGGCUGGAGGGUCUGGAAGACCAGAGUCUCGCGAAGGUGGAAAAAUGGAAUGAAGGGUUCGAGGAAGCCAAGAAGUCCAGCGACGAGGAGCUCUUCAAGCAAGCCGCUUCCUUGCAGAGGACGUUCACGGAGACAUACUCGAUCCCGGACGGGCUCAAUGAAUUCAUCUUGAGCCUUUCACGGGCCGCGUACAAGAUGUACGAAGAUAAACACGAUUUCUCCCCGGUUGGGCUUGACCUUGGGCUCAUCACCGAGGACGGGGAGAGAUGCUUGUACCUCGCUAUCUUGUUCCACGAGCAAACACAAUUUGAUUACCUGGCAGCGCGCCAAUUUUCGCAGAGCUGGCUCGACUAUGUGCGCGGUAGCCCUGAAAGCACCCACUUACCACACAAGCUCCUACUCCUUGCGCGAGAGAAACCCGGCGAUUCACCUUCUCUAUUUCAACAAUGUGGCAAGUUGGAGCCCAACGUCGAGGACAAGCGCCGUUGUGACCUUGUACCAGACGUUGAGAAGUGCCUGGAGGAUUGUGGGAGAAAUUUUGUACCACUGAUUGAAGUAAUUUGGUCAUUUGUUUUUUGCAAGUGUGCAAUGCCGAAUUGGAGAACGACGUGAAGAGAUCGAAGAGGCGUGAAAGAGGGCAUCAAGGGGGACGAUAAAGAGGUGUAAAAGCUACGCUUGUAUUAUUGGUUGCACAUACCGCAGA